AUGGCACCAACGCUCGACCGCAAGGCAUCGCCCACUGCCGAGGAGCUAUUUGACUCCUUGAUCAUCAGCGACCAGAAGCAAUCGCGCCCCGAUGAAGGACGGGCCCCGACGAAUCGCCCUCCUGGCCAGUCUGGACGCGAAAACGUGCCUCCUGGCCGCCGUGGCCCUCCGCCCCCCGGGCACCGCCCGUCGAGAUCCCAGGAGGAGGCGAUGAGACAGCGACGUCUCCAAGGCAGUAACGGUGGACCUCCCCGACCAGCAGGAGCGCCGGGAUCGCCCCAACGCCGACCUCAGGAACGCCGACCGCGUAGGAACUCGGACUCGUCGGUUCUGAUUGACAUUGAGAAGCCUCUGACUGAGGAAGAGAAGAAGGCAAAGGAAGCCAGACGUCGUGAGAGAGAGCGUCGCGCCCGGGAAGGAAAGGAUAAGGACCCCAAGAAGCCCAGUCGCAGGCUCGACAUCAUUGAUCAGCUGGAUGCCACCAGCAUCUACGGCACAGGAUGUAGGUUCUCUAUCCCCCAUUCCGUCAUUCGCUCCUCGGUGCUAAUGAACCCAGUAUUCCACCACGAUGGCCCCUUUGAUGCGGCGAACCCGCAUCGCAAUCGCAAGGGUAGCAGGCGCGCACCGAUGCAUGCCUUCGCUAAGGACUCGUUAAACAUGUCGCUGGGCGGUGCCGGUCCCCUUAACAAGCGUCCCGAUCACGCUACCUUCUUGGGUAACAACGACGGUGACGCGUCUGCGGACUUCGCCACCGCUGCUGCACGAAACGCUGAGCGGAAGAACGACCCGGCUGUGUUUGACCCUAGAUCCCGCGGUUCUAUCGUCUACGGCGAAGAGUCCAUGGGCCUUGGCGCCUCAACAUUCCUCGAGGGCACCCCUGCAGCCCGUGCUGCAAUCCAACGCACCCAGGCUGAGCAGGCCCAACAGACUGCUGCUGAGGGUCUUGGCAGGAGCAAGUCAAUUGCCCAGCGCAUCCGUGGCAUCAAGCGAGAGCCGCGUGAGUACGGUCCUUCCGGCCGCAUUACCAACCCUGAGGGUGCCUACACCUCACGUAGAUCGCCUGACGCCAACGGCCCUGCCACGAGCAUUUCGUACACCGGCGAGCGAAACCCCUUCUUUUCAGAGUACGGAAAGGAGCCAGAGACGAUUUCGGUGAGACGCACUGAAAAUGGCAUCAAGUCGCCUGGCAGCCCACCGCCGGUUCCCCGACGGGGCUCUGCCAACGGCCUUGAGCGCCGCGCUACGGCCGAUGUCACUUCACCAACCGAAGACGGACCUAGCAAGCCUUCUGGAGGCUUCCUCGCCAGAGUCAAGAGUCUGAAGGGUGGUCGAAGGCGCCAGGUUUCUGACGCGAUUGCGCCACCCCCGGCGCCUGGAACUGCCGCCUAG